UGGCCUACCAUAUAAGUGUGGACACUUUUUGGAUCGUGAUUGCUCAAGAACGGAAAAAUUCACGUAAUAGCUCCAAACUUUGCUCAAAUAUUGUGCAAUACCCAGGUAACGUUACUCAAGUUAAAAAAAGCUACAAAGAUUUGACCGAAAAGCAAAAAGGUGCAAUAAUUUACGGCCACCAACGAGGAGAUUCACUUCGCACGAUCGCUGCUGCUGUUGGCUGUGGCAAGUCUUCC